AGUGGUAAUAUACUAUGGGCAAUGCUGUCAUUGGUCAUGAUUAUACCAAGGUAAAAGAUAACGAAAACGAGGAAUUGAUUGGACUGGAAGAAACGGAUAAAGAUUUUCAAAAAACAUUGGGACACUUGCACUUGAAAACGCCUGUGGAGAUUCAGAAACACGCGGCAGAAGCUUUGAUACAGCGAGUGCUGAAAAAGAAUUCAACGCUUUUUCGUGUACUCGUCGAUACUAGCAUAGGUCCGCUAGGAAAAGAUACUUUCGAGCUGAAAAAAGUCGACGAUAAUCAAGUUCAAAUAGUCGGAACUAGUGGUGUAGCAGUGGCAUGGGGUUUGCACUACUACUUGAAAAAAUACUGCAAGUGUCACAUAUCUUGGGAAGGAUCGCAAUUAAAGCUCCCGUCGAUAUUGCCCGACGUGGACGAAAUCGUCACUUCAAACGAUCGUUUUAGGUACUACCAAAAUGUCUGUACAGUGGGCUACAGUUCACCAUGGUGGCAGUGGAAGCAGUGGGAAAAACACUUGGACUGGAUGGCGCUAAACGGCAUAAAUUUGGCCUUGGCGUUUCACGCUCAAGAGGCCAUCUGGGAGAGGGUUUACCUGAAAUUGGGCUUGAGUUUGGAAGAGAUCGAGGCUCACUUCGCAGGCCCAGCAUUUCUACCUUGGGCUAGAAUGGGCAAUUUUCGCGGUUGGGGCGGUCCACUAAGGAAUUCUUGGCACAGACAAACCAUCAGGUUGCAGCACCUCAUACUGAAUCGAAUGCGAGACUUAGGCAUCAUUCCAGUACUUCCGGCUUUCGCUGGUCACGUUCCUCACGACUUUAUUCGAGUAUUUCCGCAAGCCAACAUAACCAGCGUCGACAACUGGAAUAAUUUUGAAGAUCAGUAUUGCUGUCCAUACUUUCUUGACCCAUCCGACCCUUUAUUUCAAGUUGUCGGGGAAGAAUUUCUCAGAACGUACGAAGAAGAAUUUGGACUGAAUCACAUCUACAAUUGCGACCCAUUUAAUGAAAAUUUACCGGCUUGGCGAGAUCCGAUAUUUUUGUACACAAUCGGCGAAAAAAUUUACUCGGCCAUGUCUACGGUUGAUCCUGACGCUGUCUGGUUGAUGCAAGGCUGGCUAUUCGUGCACAGCGGUUUCUUCUGGACCAAAGAUAGAGUGAAGACACUGCUUUCAUCAGUGCCAACCGGCAGGAUGAUAAUACUCGACUUACAAUCCGAGCAAUUUCCUCAAUACGAGAAAUUGGAUUCGUACUUUGGCCAACCCUUCAUCUGGUGCAUGCUUCACAAUUUCGGCGGCACUCUUGGCAUGUUUGGAUCUGUUGACAUCUUAAAUAGGCGGGUUAUCGAGGCCAGGAAAAUGGAGAACAGCACUAUGAUCGGCACGGGUCUGACUCCCGAAGGUAUCAAUCAAAAUUACGUGAUUUACGAGUUCAUGCUCGAGACGGCUUACAGAAAAGAACCGGCCAAUCUCUAUCAGUGGUUCGCCGAUUACGCGGAGCGACGCUACGGCAGGGUCGACGAUAUCAUGAGGAUAUCCUGGCAAGGGCUGGGGCUCGGAAUUUACAAUUACAGCAAUGUAAUCAAUAUCAGAGGUCACUACGUCAUAACGAAGCGUCCAAGUCUCAAUAUAAAAACUUGGUACUGGUACGACUUGCGUGAAUUUCUACUGAUCUGGGAAAACUUUGUCCUGUUCACCAACGCGACGGACGUGAACGAUUUGUACAGGCACGAUCUGGUCGACAUAACGAGACAGUCACUGCAAAUCACGGCAGACUUCAUUUACGGAGACAUCGUCAAAGCCUUCGAGGCGAAGAACGUCACGGAAUUGGCAGAGCACUCGAGUCGGCUGCUGGAGCUGUUCGACGACCUGGAGGAGAUACUGGCCUCGAGCCCGGACUUUCUUCUGGGCCGCUGGCUGGACGAGGCGAGGAAAGCCGCGCCGGACGCCUACAUGCGCGCCAAUCACGAGUUCAACGCCCGCAAUCAGAUCACGCUGUGGGGCCCCAACGGGGAGAUCGUCGACUACGCGAACAAGCAGUGGUCGGGCGUCGUGGUGGACUACUUCCGGCCGCGCUGGGCCGUCUUCCUCGAGGCGCUGCUGCGGGCCCUGCGAACCGGCGACAAGUUCUCGGCUCAGAAAGUCAAACGGCUCAUCUUCCGGGAGGUCGAGUUGCCCUUCAGCUACUCUACCAAGGAGUAUCCUACCCAGCCGAUCGGUGACAGCGAGCAGAUCGCCAUGAAAUUGUACUCCAAAUGGAAGCAGUAUUGGGAAUAAAUGCCCGAGUUCGAUCCCGAGUCCAGCUGUCGUACGCGUUAUACAUAUAUUAUAUUUGUAAAGUUAAAAACAAUUCGCAGCUUAAAAACGAUCGAGCAACGAACCGGAAAAAAAUCGCGACAGGCGCAGAGAUCGCAAGCGAUUGCAUACAAUUCUUAAUCCAAGUUCGAUCGAGCCACGAUAAUUUCAACAAAAUCAAUAUGUUGCUCGGAGCGAUAAUCAAAUUAUCUUGCACGAGUACUAAAAAAAAAAAAAAAAAAAUUGUCACGAAAACAGAUUAAGGUUUCGCACAAUGUUGUAAAUGUUGCGCGUUGCAAUAAUGGCGUA